AUGUACAAACAUAUUGCGUAUAAUUUUGUAUUGAUAUUUAUAAUAAUCCAAUGUGUCAACUCACAGGACAAUGUUCCAGAUCAACCAGCUGAUGAUGAUGACAAUUUUGAUGUUUUAGAUCUAGAUAAAAUCAUUGAAGAACGACUUAGUCGUUUUGAUGAUCCUCAAUACCAACCACAAUAUCAACAAUUACAAGAAUCUCAAUAUCCAACCCAACCUCAGACUCAGCCCCAAUCACAAACUCAGCCCCAGUAUUAUCCAGGAUAUCAACCUGAAACAGAUCAGUAUCAACAAGAAUAUCAGUAUUAUCCAGGAUAUCAACCAGAAUCUUUAGAAUAUCAACCUGAACAAUAUGGUCAAUACCAACCAUACGAAACUCAGAUUCAAACUCAAGAACAACAAUAUUAUGUACCGCCGACUAGUCAACCUCAACCUCAAGUAACUCAGGAAUCUCAAUAUCAGUAUUACUUACCUGAAACUACAGAUCCUUAUGGAUAUCAACAGCCAUAUGAAACACAGACUCUUUAUGAUAUUGGUCAACAACCAAUAACUGAAACUCAACCACAAGUAACUCAAUAUCAACCAGUGCAUCAUCCAUUUACUUAUUCUGAUGAUACAUAUGGAACUCAAGUUACUCAAGCUCUGCCUCAAGUAACUCAACCUACUCAACAACCACAGUAUCAGUAUUAUCAACCUACUCACACUCAAACAGAAGUAACUCAGCCUCCUCAAACUCAAUCACAAACUGUGGAAGAGGAUGAUAAUUUCUGUGUGACAGAACAUGAUCAACCAGUACAGGAACCUUCUGAAACUGAGACUGGGUUUACAUAUGGACAAACACAACCAACUACUCAAGAACCUACUCAACAGUCAAUUGAGCCACAAAAGGAAGCAAGAAAAAGAACUAGAACUAGAAGUACAAGUGGAGAUCAAGGUGAGGAGGAAGAUGGUGAAGAACUUGUUGAAGUACAUCCCCUUAUUUCAUCUGAAAAAUCUGUACAUAUCAAAUUUUAUAAAAGAAAUAAUUUGGGAAUGCUUGUAGAAAUGUGUCGUAAAGAUUAUGUCGUUACAUUUGCUGAUUCACAUAAAAGAAAAUAUAGAUUCAAAACAAAUCUCGAACAGAUAGAAUGUAACAAUGAGAUAAUCUACGUGCAUACAAGUGGAACUCCUUAUUGUUUUUCAUUAAGUCAUAGUAUAAGAACGGAUAUAAUUAUCAUUACUAACAUUCAAGGAUUUGUAUUAAUUAAAAAAAAUUAUGGAAAAUGGACAAGAACUGACUUUACGAUUCCAGACUAUGUCAAAAUGUUCACACAAGAUAUUGGAGGGAAUGAACUUUUAUUAACUAUUGAUCAUUAUAUUAUUGAUCUCACUUCAUUUGGAUCCUUUAAAUACACAUUCCUCCCAGGUAUUAAAUGUACUAAAAUAAUAGUUAAAGACAUGGUGGCGUGGAAGAAAUCUAAUAAGGAUGAUGGGUUUCCUGAAAUAAUUUAUGUUACACCAAAAUUGACUGUUAUACUUAACUUUGAAAAAUAUACUAAAACGUUCGAAAGAAGGGUUAAUACAUAUCAACUUUUACGCAAAAGACUAAAUUUAAAAAGACCUAAAUAUUCCUAAAUUAUUUCAACACAUACAAUGUUAUUGCAUAAAUAUUUUUGAUGUGUUGAAACUGGUUAAGU